UCCAAACUUCCUUUAUUCUCCUUUCCCAGAAUGAAGGCUUGGGAUUCACCAAUGUAACCUUUUCUCUGAAUUGAUUAAAGCAGAAUUCUGCCUCUGUGUAGACAUAUGCUUUCAUUUCUCUUGGAUAAAUAUGUAGGAGUAGAAUGGUUAGAUCAUGUGGUAAGUGUAUAUUUAGCUUUUUAAGAAAUAGCCAAACUCUUUUCCAAAAUUUUUGUAUUAUUUUACAUUUCCAACAUGCUGUAUAGAAGAAUUUCAGUUCUUUCACCUCCUUGUCAACACUUGAUAGGAUCUUUCAAAUUUUAGCCAUUCUAGUAGCUACAGUGCACAGUGAAAUCUUAUCUUCUAAUUUGCAUUUCCCUAAUGAUUAAUUAUGUUAAUUCAUGUGCUUAUUUUGUCAUCUAUAAAUCUUUGGUGAAAUGUCUGUUCAAAUGUUUUGCCCAUUUAAAAAAGUUAGGUUGUCUUCUUAACAGGUUUUAAGAGUUAUUUACAUAUUCUAGUUAGAAGUCCUUCAUCAAAUACAUGUUUUGCAAAUACUUUCUCCAAGUCUGUGGCUUACCUUUUCAUUUUCUUAACAGAAAAUUUUCUUUACUUCUCUUAAAAGCAGAAGUAUUUAAUUUUGAUGAAGUACAAUUCAUCAAUUUUUUUUCAUUUACAGUUUCUGCUUUUUGUGCCAUGUUUAAGAAGUCUUUGCAUAUCCAAGGUCACUAAGAUGUCUUCUAGAAGUUUUGUGAUUUUAGCUCUUACACUUAGAUGUAUGAUCCAUUUUUAAUUAGUUUUUACAUAUGGUAUUGAUGGCUGGCAACCUGUCUGGAGCAGCUGCUGUGAAGAUGCAGGCUGCAUUGAGGGAGGCCCAGCCAGGGCUGCACGCUCCAUAGAACCACAGGAGCCGAAACAGGCAGGAUCCCUACCCGCUUCCAAGUUGGUGGGAUGGGAGCCCCGCCCUCCUGGGCACAGCAGCAGCUGUCCAACCACAGCUGUGGACCUAGGCAUAUUUGUGCUCCCAGGGGCCUAGGAAGCCCCUUGCCCCCAUAAGUUUGAAAGUGCUUGCUACCUCUGUCUGACCUCUCCUGGCUCUGGGGCCCGCUCUGGGGCACAGCAUAGUUGUGGCCAACUCCAGGCACUGUCACAGUCCAGCCAGGUGUGGACUUAUUAAUUCUUGCAGCUUUUUAAUAGUAUUCCACAAUUUUCUUACACAAAUAAAUGCAGUGCAACAACUUCCUUUCUGACUUGGAUGCCUUUUAUUUAUUUGUCUUGUUUUAUUUCAUCGACCAGAACCUCCAAUACAAUGUUUAAUUGAAGGCCAUUUUUACAGAGUAAUAUUUCUAACGUCCAGAGCUGGAUUAGGCUGAACUAUGGAAUCUUGUUGAAUUUAAUUUGGUAUCUCUUGGAAUUUACUAAAUCAUUAUUUAUAGUUCAUUUUUAAGCUUUUCGCUUUUCCAGUGUUCAAAUAUUCAUCAAAUGUUCAAAUAUUGAACAAUUACCAUGCUGGCUGUCAGGGAAAUAAUGGCACACAAACAGGCAUUGACCUAUCCCUAAUGAAGUCUUACCAUACUACUGAGGCAGUUUAAAACAGGAAUUAAAAGCACAAGUUCAGGGUUCUGUUUGCUUGGGUUUGAAUCUGGCUCUGCCUCUUAAUGGCUGUUUAACCUUAGAAAAGUUAAUGGGCUCUUCUAAGCCUGUGUCUUCAUUUGUAAAGUGAAGGUAUUAGUAAUACCUACUAGCAGGAUUCCUGUGAGGAUUAAACGAAUUAAUAUCUUUAAAGUUCUUAAAACAGGGUUUGAAAUACAGUAAAUCGUCAACGAAUAUUAUUAUUAGAGGGAAUAAUUAGUUCUUCACAGGGUAAAUCUUCAAGUGAAGGAGGGGUGUCCAAACAUUAAGAAGCAUAAGAAGCAGAUUAACUGCUAAGCAUAGAGGCAGUAGUGUCAGCCAUACCUGGGUUAAAAUCCUUGCUUUGUUGUUUAUUGUCUAGGCAACUUUGAGAGAACAAUUUAAGAGCAAUGCCUGUAAAAAUGCCUAGUGCGGUAUUUGGCACACAAUAGAUGCUUAACAGACAGCAAUUAUUGAUUCAGACGUCCUGAAGAGCAAUAAUAUCAUUAACAUGUAUUCAUCAUAAUAAUAUCUAUCAUUUAUCAAAGCUCAGCAUUUUGAACCGUGUAAUUACUUUUCAUACAUUCUCUCAUGCUUAAUAACUUGACUAGGUGAACACAAUCGGCCCCAUUUCCUGAUAAAGGAACUAGAUGAUCUUUGUGUGAUCAGUGGGGAGACUGGAGGUCUGGGAAGUGUUAUUUUGGACCCCAACUUUUGACCAAACCAGGGCUCUCAGUGCGACCUUGGUCGCCAGCGGGGCGCUGGCCUUUCCGCUUCGGAAGUGGCACCAGGAGAGAUGGGAGUCGGCUAGUCCGUUUCCAAGGCCACUUCAUGAAGCCGCUGGCUCCGGGAGCCGGGGAGGCGAAACGCUCCUUCGCAGCCACCUCUCCUCUCAGACGGCCAUCUGGGCUCAAAAGUCAUCAGGAGCUGCGGAGCAGGUCCGUAGGGGCGCUGGCGAGGAAAGUUGGGCGCCGUCUCCAGGCAACGCGCCGGGGGCGGGGCUUUGCGUCACUGAGGUGCGACCGGGUCCCGGGCCGAGUCACCGACGCCCGCCGGGCUGAGCUGUGGGCCGAGGCGGCGCUGCCGCUGCCGCGGGGUGCGCGAUGCCUUGAACCUGGGAAACUAUGUGAAGCAACGCUUUCUGGAUUUUGAAAGACAUCAUUUCGUCAUGGGACAGCAAAUUUCGGAUCAGACACAGUUGGUUAUUAGCAAGUUACCAGAAAAAGUAGCAAAACAUGUCACAUUGGUUCGAGAAAGUGGCUCCUUAACUUAUGAAGAAUUUCUUGGGAGAGUAGCUGAGCUUAAUGAUGUAACUGCCAAAGUGGCUUCUGGCCAGGAAAAACAUCUUCUCUUUGAGGUACAACCUGGGUCUGAUUCCUCUGCGUUUUGGAAAGUGGUUGUACGGGUGGUCUGUACCAAGAUUAACAAAAGCAGUGGCAUUGUGGAAGCAUCACGGAUCAUGAAUUUAUACCAGUUUAUUCAACUUUAUAAAGAUAUCACAAGUCAAGCAGCAGGAGUAUUAGCACAAACCUCCACCUCUGAAGAACCUGAUGAAAGCUCAUCCUCUGUAACAUCUUGUCAGGCUAGUUUUUGGAUGGGAAGGGUAAAGCAGCUGACUGAUGAGGAGGAGUGUUGUAUCUGUAUGGAUGGGCGAGCUGACCUCAUCCUGCCUUGUGCUCACAGCUUUUGUCAGAAGUGUAUUGAUAAAUGGAGUGAUCGACACAGGAAUUGCCCUAUUUGUCGCCUGCAGAUGACUGGAGCAAAUGAAUCUUGGGUGGUAUCAGAUGCACCCACUGAAGAUGAUAUGGCUAACUAUAUUCUUAACAUGGCUGACGAGGCAGGCCAGCCCCACAGGCCAUGACCUUGGAGUGAAGGUCUUCUGUUGCUAUUGUAGGCUACAAAUAUUUGAUCAUGGGGGAAGAACGCAAGGUUGUGGCACAGACACAGAAAAAUCCAUUUUCCCCACCCUUUUAUUUUUGCUAUUCUGAUCAUUUGUCCCACUUUAAAAGAUAAACCUCCCAUGUCUUCCAUUUAUGGUAAACUAAAAUUUGCUACUGUUUUAGACUAUAUUUUCCUAUUAUUUAUCUGUUCAAAUUUGUAUUACAAUUAAUUGCUCCUGAAUUAUUUGCCAAAGGUAACAGCAGCACUUCCAGAGGCUUCUGAAACACUACUGUUUUGUGGGGCAGGAGUAUUCUGGAAUCUUUUUAGUUAGCUAUAAAAUAAACCUCAAAUAUUAAAAAGUUGUAGCUAUCUGAGAGAGGAAAUUUUAAGUGACUGAAAAUGUAGAAUACAUCAAAGUGCAUGUUACUACUUAAAACUAGUGUUUCUGCUGGAAUCUAAGGAGUAUAUAUGCCCCCUUGUGGUUAAUUAUUGCUCCUUUAAUUUUUACUUGAAAUGAUCCACAAUUAUUUCAUAACUUUAGCAGUGUGUUUUGGAAUUACUGUACUUAAAGAUUUUUUUGUUUGUUUGUUUUUGCCAUACUGUAUAAUUUGGGUGAGGCCUAUAAAGUUGGGUGUGACUUUCCCUUGCAAAUGGAUAUUUCUCCUGGGGAAUUUUCUUGGCUGUUCUGGAAAUGCUUUCCCACAGCUGCAUAACUGUUCUAAAUGGCUUUGAUAAUGCUCACACAUCUUGGAGUUUCAGAAGGUAACUUUUCUGCAUCACAGAUACCAAAUUUUGUAUUUCUAAAUGAUUAUAAGUCAUUUAAUAUUGGUUUAUGGUGCUUUUUUCCCCCUUAACUUGAAAACAUCUUUCUGAGAUUUCAGGGUCCUCAAAUUUGAUAGAUUAAGAGACAAGAGGCCAGCAUGGUGGCUCACACCUGUAUUCAGAGCACUUUGGGAGGCCAAGGUGGGUGCAUCACUUGAGGUUAGUAGUUUCAGACCAGCCUGGCCAACAUGGUGAGACCCUGUCUCUACUAAGAUACAAAAACUAGCUGGGCCUGGUGGCAAGCACCUGUGAUCUCAGGUACUCAGUAGGCUGAGGCAGGAGAAUUGCUUGAACCUGGGAGGUGGAGGUUGUAAUGAGCCAAGAUUGUGCCACUGCACUCCAGCCCGGGAGGCAGAGCGAGACUCCUUGUCAAAAAAAAAAAAAAAAAAAAAGGACAAGAAAAUAGAGUGAUGCUUUUUUACCAUAUAUACAUAAAGUACAUCUGAAAAUUAGAAGAUAAUUUGGCAUUCUUGCUGUUUCACUGUACUUCCAUUGAAAUAUUCUUUCCAUUAAAAUAGUCUAAAAGAAUAUAGUAAUAAUGGAAUUGUGAUCUUCAGUCACAACCAUUUUUUUUUGCUUAUCAACUAAAUUUCUAACAUUAAUAUUUUGGCAUGUAAUAAAACAAGGGCCUGCCUUCUUUAAAAUUUAACAUCCCAUGUAACUUUUCUGACUUCUUCAUAAGUUGCAAAUAUUACUAUUUUCCUAAACCAGGGUCCACAAUUUAAGUUGCCACUGAUUGAUGACAGAAUUUUUGGAUAAUAGGAUUUUAAUAGGCAAGCAAAUAAAAUUAAAUCAAUUUCAAGGAAAAACAUCUGGUAUUUCAAGGUAGCUUGAAAUUUCAAAUUCCAAGGUAGCUUGAUCUUGCCCCAGAAAAUGCUGAAGACUAAUCCAUUGACAUUCAUAAUGGGACAGCUAAAUACCAAAUAGCUAACUACUCCCUAUGGAGGUUUAUGCAAGCAGAGCACCAGGGGUUCCAUCAUAUCAACCUAGCAAUGCACUUGGUGGUUGUGUGACCUUGAGAAAGUCUCUUACUGUUGUUUGUAGGUUCCUACUUUAUUUGUGGUUUUCCCACUAUGUCAGCAGCAAAAACUUUUUUUUCAAGGAAAAUCUUACAGAACCCUUAAACACACAUGCAUACACACACAUCCUACCCCCCUAUAUAAAAGUCAUAUUUUAUUAUAAAUUUUCUUAUUUAUUGUAUAAACUUUAUAUACUAUAAAUAUGAUUAAGUCAACCAAUAAAAACACAUUAAUGCAUUGGUAAUAGCCAGUAUGUCUGAAUUUAGUGAGUACCACACUUGUAUAAUGGGAGUUGUUUUUUAAAAAAAUUUUUUUUAAUUCAAGUCAAAUUUGCAGAACCCUGUAUCUCCUCCAUAGAUUCUUAGUAUUCCAUGGAACAUAUUUUGAAAACCUUGGGAUAGAUGAUCCAUGAUCCACUGGGAUCUUUUCCAGCUCAAAGAUUUUAAAUUGUCCUUUUGGAUUAGACUUGCUGAGUUUAAUUCAGAUUGCCUCCUGAAUGUUUCUGAAAUGUGAACAAAGUUACCUUACAGAGUUUUGCAUCUUUCCAGGGAUAGCCAAUGAUUUUAUCCCCCAGAAUCUUUCACCUUUCAAGGAAAUGAGACCAGUGACUCAACAGGGCCCAAACCUUUUUAUUUUACAAUAUGAGCUCCAAGACACUUACUGAUCUACUGUGAAUAUAAAAUAUUAGCCUUAUCAAAUAUCAAAUAAAUGAAUACAGCUCUUUGUUCACUCUACUAAACUGGGUGAUAAUUCUUUAGAUGUGACUGUUAGGUAGGUUCUACUGUAAUAACAUCGUAAAAGUUGUAAAUUUGUUUGAUGGAUGAAAUGUACACUUUUUGUAUUCUGUACAGCUCUGUCUUUUUUAAAUAUGAAGUACUUAAAUGUACUUAGUAUAAAUGUACUUACUAUAAUAGGAAAUAUAAUGUGUGCCUUCUAGGAUUUGUGAAGUGGUUUCAUGAGCUCUAAGGAAUUUGUUUUGUAAGUUAUAAAGUUUUCCCUAUCCUAACUCAGUAACAGAGGGUUUACUCCGAUUAUGUAUAGAACCUUAGUUUGAGAAAAUGAAUUUGACUAUGUACUGAAUUUAGAGGUUGAGAAUAAUAGUAUCUGUGUUAUUCUUAGGACCACUGAUAAAUUAUGCAAUAAAUAAUCAUUCGCAAGUAA